UCUCGAUUGUACAUCUUGUGGACAGCAAGAUCGUUCCUACACUACACAAAAUGGUUAAACAGGAGGACAAUACCUCAUUUCGCUUGCUAUUGGUGGUUGAUAUGGAUUGCUGGCAGGCGGGACAACUCAAUAUUAAAAACGCUAUCAAAGCGCUUGAUGCAGUCUUGCGACAGGUCUAUCAUAUCCUCGGGAAGACAGGUACAGAGGUCGACAGGCGCUGCAUCAUCGUCAAAUCGACGGGAAACAAGGAAGAGGUUGACGAACUGCUGGAGCGUUUCGAAGGUCUUCAAUUGGUCGGACCCGGUCGAGCAGUCAGCGAUACAGAACUUGCUCUGCUCGUCGCCAGUAAGAGUCAAGUACUCGCCAGCCACAGGAUCGUUGCAAUCGUCGCGGCGGACCACAAAAUCGACGUUGACGCCCUCGUCUAUCGUCGGAUCGGUAGUCUCUUGAACUUCGCUGCUGGCCACUCUCUAACCUGGACCCAGAAACAAGGCAGAGAGACCGUCGAAGUCUCUCUAAAUUCGAUCAAAAAGAUUGGAGACUUUUGCGCUUCUUCGGAGCCGCUUAUUCGAGAGAACAAUGUAUCCGAGGUCGCCAUCCAGGAUCCUUCGGCUAUUAACAACGUAUUGCUAGGAGAGAGCAACAACAUGCAAGCUCCUCCAAAGUCACCGUGUCAUGUGCCGGCUACCGCUGAGAAGCUGCCCAAAGAUACUCCUCGCACGUAUGAGGAGAAUUUGAUCUUCUGCCUAGAAGAUGAAGGACACAACGCUAAUAUCCUGGACUUCAUCCCGUUGAUCAAGUCCAUACGACUCGCCGGAAUCAGUUCGGGACGCAAGAAAAAGCCUCUCCGAAGCCAAGUAGGACAGGAACUCAGAGCGAUCUCUACUUGGCCAAUCGGAAAAGAAGGUUACACGACGUUCCGAAGCUACGCAGAGGCAGCAGAGGUGGUCGGUCUAGUGCUAGGAGAUACUUACACCGGCACGAUCGGCUCCACAGGCGAACUCGAGAAGAUCUUGGAUAUCAAUCCUUCGGAGAACUACACCCGUGGAUGGCCCAACAUUCACUGA